UUGGGACUUGUUUCAUCAGGUGUCUGCAAUACUUUUUCACUGGAAAUUAAAGUCAAUCCUGAAGUACGAGCUUUUGUGGAUGAACAGGUGACCCUGAAAUGCUCAUUCAGAUCCUUCUCUCCCAUAACUGAGAAGCUGACUGUAGACUGGACUUACCAGCCCCUCACAGGUGGCCAUACGCAGACAAUUUUUCAUUUUCAGUCUGUUGCAUACCCAGCUGUAGCGGGAACAUUCAGAGGCAGGAUUUUGUGGGUUGGGAACAUUGGCAAGGGUGAUGCCUCCAUUGCUAUCCAAAAUCUGACGCUGAAUGACAAUGGGACGUUCACCUGUGCUGUGAAGAAUCCUCCAGAUGUGCACCACAACAUCCCUCAGACCAAGCUGACGGUCACACACAGGCGCUUUUCUUCGCAGCUAAUGUCAGCAGUGUUGCUAUCCAUCUUAGUGUUUCUCCCCUCUGCCAUUGUGGUCAUUCUGCUGCUGGUGCGAAUGGGAAGGAAAUUUGGAGUCCUAAAGCACCAAAAAAAAUCUGGCUAUAAGAAAUCCUCCAUUGAAGUCUCUGAUGAUGAGCUUGAGCACAGUGAGCCGGGCACCUGCCUAGGGAAGAUGGGUACAUGGUGUUUGCACUGUGUGGACACAGAUGAGGAAGAACCAUACUGAUGGAAGCCCAAAGCUGCAGAUGAAGAGAAAACAAACCGUACCAAAGUCACCUCCAGAAGGCUACUAGGACCCUGGGAUACUCAGUGGUUCAUGGCACCUUGGCAGAAUAAUUUUGAUAGGAAAAUCAGCCCUAGGAAUAAUGGGCCCACAAAAGCUUAUGUGCCAAUAAAUCUGUUAGUCUAUAAGGUGCCACAGGACUCCUUGUCGCUUUGCAGAUUCAGACUAACGCAGCUACCCCUCUGACACUGGAAUAUUGAUGGACAUCUUAGCUGUCAUGCUUAUGGAGCUGAGAGCGGGAGCGAAUGGAGCAGAGAGCGGCCUCGUCUUAGGCCGGGAGGCUCUAGUGAGGGGUGUGGAAUUCCUGGGCGGCUGUAGGAAUCUACAGAAAGGCUCUGAAGUUUCUUAGUGAGGAGAACAGUGCAUCAGGAUAUUAGCAAAUACUGAUACUCAUCCCAGAGGGCUGGCACGAUACAUUGCUUAGCUGGGAAAUCACUGAAUUCUCCCGACUUUCCCUCCUCCCCCAGCCCCGGCAGUAAGCGUUGUGAGGACAGCGGCUCUAUGCUCGGGUGGCAUUGCAUCCUGUUUGAGUUCUGACCUGUCUGUGGAAGCAGCAGUGUGGAUAACACGGGGUUCUGAGACUGAUGCCUCCAGCACAGGCUUACCCCACCACUGCCUAGUCCUUGUCAUCCCAGGAAGCCUGAUACAGAAUCCAGGCAAUGGGAUUCCCCAUAUAGUUCCCUCACUGCCCACCCCAGGCAGGAGUCUUGCUCUGCCCCAGGGUGGCAUGAGCACCUGGGAACACCAUCUGAUGUUGCCUCUAGAAUUCCGAGGUUUCUGGGUGCCCCAGCCUGCUUCACUGCAAGUCUGAGAGAGCUGCUCUUGACUUGGCUGGGAACAGGUUUGUAUCUUGUCCUGGCCCUGCCUUUGCUGCUCAGGCUGGGAAGUGCCUUUCCUCGUCUCAUGCUUCCUCCUGUGCCUCAGGUUGCCUGAGCAUUGGGUGCCCCCGUCUACGCAACAGCGGGCAGAUGUAACGAUCCUGGUAAAUGAGAGUAUUGUAAAGAGCCUUGUCCAUAAUCCCCUGCAGCACUGAACUUGCUGUAACUCCAGGAGGGAGUCUGAACUUUUUAUACAUGCAAGUGCUGAAUGGGAAACUAUUAAGCUGCCAGAAGGCUGGGCACCUGACUGCUGCCCCAUGGCCUGCAAGGGGUGGCGUAUCUUUCACCAUCACUGCCCAGUGAGAAAGGGAGGAGGUAGCUGCAGUCACAUGCAUCUCUGCUUAGCACUCAAACUGCUGCUAGCGCUGCUUGUGUUCACUGGGCGGUGGAGGUCCCUUGUGCUAUAGAUGCACUGGUGUCAUGGCCAAUAAAUCAUUUUGUUAUA